AAUGGAAUUAAAUACAGAUCCAAUUAUUUUAUAAAAUUCAUCUACUGUCUCCUUGAGGUAUUUAUUAUUUGCUACAUCAAAGUGAAUUUAAACCGAAAUAUUCUCAAGUUAUUUAUUCUGGAUCGUAAGUGGCAUCAUCAAAAGAAUAGUAGAUGAAUUAAGGAAAUGAAAAUGAUCCUAAUAAAUAAAAAUAAACCCCAUUAAUUGAAAAAGAAAUUGAAUUUAGAAAAAUAUUCUCAAAGUGAAUAUUUAUUUAUGCUUAGAUUUGCUGUGACAAAUGCAAUAUUUGGGAUUUAUUAUCUACUAAUUCUAAUUUUUAGAGGAAUAAUAUUAAUUGAGAAUAAUUAUGUUAUAGGUGUAGUUUUAUUACUUGUUAGGUAAUUUUGAAAUCUAAUUAGUUAUACUAUGUGGGGAAUAACAUUUUGUAUUGCUAUCAAAACAUUCAAAGAUUAAAGAUCUUCAUAACUAAUUAUAUAUCAAGCAAAUUUGUUUUUUAUAGGUAUUAUUGACUGUUAUGUAUAAUCCUUAAUUUUUUCAGCAUUAGAAAGUGAAAGGGUUUUUUAUGUUUUUUUCUUUGUGAGUCUUUGGGUAGCAACAAUAGUCUUUUUGAUAACAUUAUUUUGUUAUUGCAAAACAUCAAAAGAUUUGAUGAUUGUAAUAAAAUACUUAAAACUUGAGUAUCUUCAACAUUCCUCAGAUACUAAUGUUUGA